UCGCUACGGAGAGAGGGAUGGGUCUGUUGUAGUUUAAAGACACUUCUGUGUUGUUUCCCACGCAGUUAGAACAGCUCACUACUAUGGCAGUCUGGGAGAAAUGCUUUUCCGUCGUUGCGACAACGACUUUACCACGUUUUAACGUGUGUAUAACCACGUUUUGGUGCUACUAGUACAUUAUCUUGGCAUGACAGAUAAAGAUUAAUUAGCAUGCUAGCGAGCUAGCCACAGCCUCAGCAUCACACAGCGACCACACCUGCCGGUGACAGGCUUGGAAAGUGCCUUGAUCUGCUGCCCCGUUAUCGUCCCCACCGCUCACUAAAGGCAAGGAUAGACAUUUAUGGAUGCAACAAUGGUCUCUGUUCUGGUUUGUUAGUAUAUUUCUCUCUGUGUGUCGGUGUGGCUGCAGGUUCCUGGCAGACAUGGGCAAACUACAAAGCAAGUUUCGCAAGAGGUCGGACCUCUACAGGGCGUCUCAGGGGGAGAAGCCCGAUAAUACCUUCGACAGUCAGGUGAUGCAGUAUGAACCUGCCCAUCAAGGCUCCAUCAACACUGUCACCAAUCUUAGCCCAGAUUUGUGUGUUUCUGGUGGGAGUGACCAGGCUGUGGUGGUGUAUGACUGGAAACAAGGCCGGAUGUGCCAGUCCUUCCAGGGUCACAACCGAGAGGUUACCAAGGUGCUGUGCUAUCCAGGCAGUACAUGGAUCUUUAGUGCCUCACGGGACAAGACUGUUCUGAUGUGGGACCUAAACCAGGGGGACGAACCUAUUCAGGAGUUUUGCGGGCAUGAAUUGGUGGUCAAUGGACUAGCCAUCAGCCCUGAGGGGAGAAAGCUGUGCACCGGUUCUCGUGACAACUGGAUGUGCCUGUGGGAUAUAGAAUCUGCAAAAUGUGAACAGAGACACAACAUUUCUAGAAACCUGGUGACUCAUGUGUGCUGGGUGCCAGGCAGCUCCUCUGUAGUCCAGACCUCCGAGGAUAAGACCAUAAGGGUGUGGGACAGCCGGGCAUGGCAGGUGACCAAUACUUUUCCAGCCAAGCAAUACAUCCAGACCCACUGUGAUGUUUCUCCAAACGGAAACUACUUGAUGUCCAGUAGCAAUGGCUCUGGAAGCCAGGGCUGCGAAGCCACGCUCUGGGACCUGCGUCAGCCCGGCUGUAAAGUAGUGGAGUACAGAGGUCAUAUGCAGACCGCCGCCUGCUGUAUGUUUCUGCCUACGGCUCCUGGUGGCGCAGCUCAGGUAGCUACAUCCUCCCAUGACAGCUCCGUCAAGAUCUGGGAUCAGAACACAGCAGUCUGUUUAGGGACGUUGUUUCUGGAUGGUGCUGGUCCACUGCUUGGUCUGGCCCCCACUGACUCCACCAAUCUGCUGUGUGCCAGCUUCAACAACGGCCUCCAUCACAUCCAGCUGGGCCACGGAUCCGGGGCAGAGUCCGGUGGAGUCGGUGGCAUGGACUUAAAAGUUGUGGCACGCUUCUGACCGCCCGGAGGAGCCUGGUGUGACUCGUAACGCUGACCUGUGAACAGCCAGCUACUCAGUGAGCGGAUCACUGGAUUAGGACGUCAUGUCUGUCCUUUUGUUUUCUUUUUUUACUAUUUUACACAUUUCUAUUGACAUUUUUGCUUUACUAGACUGUAUGUUUGGAGGAUGCACCUUUUGUCCAGCAAAGCCACCUGGAAGCCCGUCACAGCUGCUCUUCUGGGAGACUGGUCUGUAAGUCAUAUUGCCCCUCAAAGGACUUUAAACAAAAUGAUCCUGCUUUGAUUGCUGCCUUCAUGGACCAAACCAGAAUAACCGGGGAUCGCUCUCAGUUUAAUACGCUGCUUCGGCUCAGUGGAUCUGACGAGACGCUUCAUGCACAUGUUGUAUUACUGUUAGUGGUGGGGCUGAAUACAUGUUUGGAGGACAUGCUGAUGCGUCUGGAGUCCGUGUUGAAAAUGUGGAAGCACUCUUCGAGCAGGAAAGUCAGCUAUUUAGUCAGGUGUGUAUUUUCUUCCUGGAUAAAAUGUAGUAGAUGCAGUCAGACUUGCAGUCUUGUUUGUGGAAAGUUAUUUUUAUACCCAGAGUAAUGGAGUAUACGUGUAUGUUGAUAACGUAACCGUUGAUUAGUUUGUUCUGUACCUUUAACCUUUGUGUUAGACCAAAUGAGAAUCUACGACACAACACUGUAUUAACACUGGCUUUGUUCUUUAGGUAGAAUUCAUUUCAUAAUGGUUUUUAAAGAUACAGAUUCUGAUAUUUUUGAACUGAAGCUGCCUAGGCUGAUGUUGGUGCCGAUAUUCACUACAUUCAAUUUGAAAAUGACUAUGCAAAAAAAACCUGAGUAAUUCCCUUUUAAUAAAGUAUUGUUUGAAUAAACAAAUGGGAUUAGAAUAUAUUGCAAAUACAAAAAGAAAGCUGCUCUUUGACCCGUAAACAUAAAACCUGCCACCAGUUAAGAUCGAUUGAGGCGUUCGACUUUUUCAAUAUACUGUCGCUACUGCGCUUCUAACAGAUGCUGAACUUCUUUGUUAGGAUUAGCUGUAGUUUAGCCAGCAACUGCUCAUGUUACUAUUGGCAGCCUGAAGUCACACAUCACAUUCCUACCUUUACGGAUUAUUGUCCAAAGAUGAGUUAAACCACUCUUACUCUAUUAUCUAUAUACGUGUACAUUUAAUACUGAUUACUUUCAGUUUCAGCAUCGUAAUCAUUUCACCGUCUCCACCAAAGACAGUUGCUGCUGUAUCGUCCAAUUCCAUUUAGAGAAUUAUCUUCAAAUAGAACAAAACGGACAGGUUAGGAUGUGGAUCAAAGUCAGUUUCCACGUUAAUGUAAUCGCAGGUGAUUCCAGAUGCACUCGUGGAUAUUAAUCUGAAGGUUUAAAUUGGUUUGUUGACUUCUAGGCAGACGAGACGCAAUUCCAGUGGAACCUCAGUUAACUGUGAUGUGUGGCUUUGUCAUUCUAUAACUCAUUCUUUUUCUAAAAUUUAGGGAACACUACCAUCAGUAGGGAACCAAAGGUCAUCAGACAUUUCAUUUCAUGAGAAUUUACUGUUUGGGUAUUUGUCGCUGGAAACAUCCAGUUGAUCUUAUCUGUUAGAUACAAUAUAAUUCAGCAAUACAUAAAUCAUUUUAUAAUGUCUGAGGAGUAAAUCUGGGUUGUGUCUCCUUUCGUCAGCUGAGCUGUUUGGUCACAGACUUAAAUCUAAUAUGCCUGUUACAUACUUGAAUGCUUGCUUCAUCUCAUUCAGUAGAGUACUACAGAUGAACCAAAUAACUUACUCUGAGAGAGGUGUGUCCCAGUACAAAUCAUUAGUAUGUAAAGAUCUAGCAGAAACGCCACCUGAAAGCUGCUGUGUACAACUUACCUUUUCUGUUCUAGCUGCUGGAGCUCCUUGGGGUUAAUUGUUUUGCUCAAGGGCACCAUGACAAUCUGUUAUCAGAAUGGACUUCCCCUGCCCACGAUUUUCACAACUGUUUGUCAUCUGUAAUUCAAGUUAAGAGGACCAGCUAAUAUCAAGAGUGUGCAUUUAUGUAAAAGCAUUUAAGGUAUUUUUUUUUUUUAUUGUGUACACAGCAAAACUCAUGGCACAGCUGAGACUCAUUUCAUUCCUUUUAAGGCUCUUCAAGAUAAAGAUUUUUGUUAGAUUUAGUUUUUGUCAAGUAAACUGUUAGAAAUGAGGAUCUAUUCCAGAACGGGCUUUUAGGAACACCAAAGAUGUAUCAGCGCCAUCUAGUGCCAGAAAUGUCGUUAUAAAGUUUUUACCAAGUUCUACAAAAUAAAAUGUAAUAUUGUGAUUCAUCAAAUAAAAGGAAAUAUUUAAAUC